AUGACAACGGACGAAUCUGAUUGGCUGAAAGGGAGCUUCGUGCCGACAGGUCGUACGUUGGGCGGAUCCGCGUGCAGGUUGCAGUAUGCAUCCUCUAAGGCUCGGCAGACUCCCUCGUAUCCCCAACACUGGAGGAGGAAAAUGGGACCCAGGAAAGCCCUGAAACACAAACUGUCACACGACACAGAAAGAGAGUUUGGAGGAACUCUGGGUGCCGUGUGCAUUCCUGUUUUCCUCCCACUGACCGUUCUCUUCCUGAUCUGCGUGAGCCAAUCACCAGAGGCCGGCGUCCUCCGGUGGCCCCCCUGCCUCCCGUCCGCCGACCAGCUGUGGGACCCGCUGGCUCCUGUGCUGCUGCUGGGAUGGAUGGGACUGCAUGCCCUCCUCUACUUGCUGCCGUUAGGCAAGGUCUCUGAAGGAUUAGUGCUGAGAGACGGAAGCCGCCUCAAGUAUCCCAUAAAUGGUUUCCACAGCCUGUGCAUCAGCGCCGUGCUGCUGUCGGUGCUGCUGGGGCUCGGCGCUCCUCUCGGAUCUCUGUUUGAGCUGCUGGUGCCGCUGGCGGUGUCUGCCGUCGUCGUGUCGUUUCUGUCCUCCGUCUACCUCUACGUCCGCUCUUUCUGGGCUCCCUCCCAUGCUCUGGCCCUGGGGGGAGACACAGGGAAUCCCCUUUAUGACUUCUUCAUCGGGCGGGAGCUGAACCCUCGGAUCGGAAACUUUGACCUCAAGUAUUUCUGUGAACUCAGACCAGGUCUGAUUGGUUGGGUGGUCAUUAACCUCGGGAUGCUGAUGAAGGAGGCGGAGCUUCGCGGUUCUCCUUCCCUCUCCAUGGUCCUGGUCAACUGCUUCCAGCUGCUUUAUGUGGCAGACGCUUUGUGGAACGAAGAGGCCGUUCUGACAACCAUGGACAUUGUGCAUGACGGCUUCGGGUUCAUGCUGGUGUUUGGCGACCUGGCCUGGGUUCCCUUCACCUACAGCCUGCAGGCGUCCUUCCUGGUUGUCCACCCACAGAGUCUGUCUUUGCUCACGGCGGCGCUCAUCGUCGCCCUGAACGGUGCUGGGUAUUACAUUUUCAGACAAUCCAACUCGCAGAAGAACCAGUUCAGGCGAGACCCGACUCACCCCAGCGUUUCAGGACUGGAGACCAUCGCCACAGCUACAGGGAAACGGCUGCUGGUGUCAGGCUGGUGGGGCCUCGUUCGUCAUCCCAAUUACCUCGGCGACCUCCUUAUGGCGCUGGCCUGGUCCCUGCCAUGUGGCUUCUCUCAUCUCCUGCCGUAUUUCUACGUGGUUUACUUCACCGUCCUGCUGGUUCACCGGGAGGCCCGGGACGAGAGGCAGUGCAGGGCCAAGUACGGACUCGCGUGGGACGCCUACUGUCGCCGGGUUCCCUACAGGAUCUUCCCGUACAUUUACUGACAAAGGACAACAUGCUGGGUUGCUUUUUAAAAAAAUAAAAAAUACUGGUGCACAACCUCAGUUUACAUAGAACCAGAAUGUCAAAUUCAGUUCAGACAGACUAGAAGUGGAACCUGCUGGUUGAGAUCGACGUUUAAAUCAGAACUGGUUUAGAUGGUAGAGAACUGUAUCAAAUUGAUUUUAUUCUGAUUUUAAAAACCUAAGACCGCAAACAUCUCCUUUGUUUUGAACAUAUGUGAAAAUGAUUUCUGCCGAAGUAAGACAAAAAACAAACUCCAAAGUGCCUUUUUAUUAAAAUGAAGUCACAACAUUUAGUGUCCAUUUGGUGAAGCUUAAUAUAAAUACUUAUUUGUUGCAACUUUUUAAAUUGAGUUAGCAUUUAGCAUUUGUUUUCUAAAAACAUUUUAAAAUCUUUCCAAGUUAUGCCAUUUUACAAAUAUUUUAUUGGGGUUUUAGGCGAUAGGGCAACAAAAAGUCAUGUUUUUGUGAGGUGGAUGAUUUCUAAAUCUUUUUAAAAGAUGAUUCUACAAAGUAUCGACUCAGGUGGGCCGGAAACAAACGCUAGCAUCGCUUUUCUUUCUCUCACGACAAUUAUAGUGCGAGCCAUAGACGGGGGGACCAGGAGGGGACAUGCCUCCCCUCUCCCCCAGUAUUGGAGGCAGGCGCAUUUGUCCACCCUAAUAAUUUCACCGCAGUUGAGAAACAUUGAGUUUGAAAUCUUCCACUCGUGUGCUUUUAUUUUGAAGGCGCACCAAAGCGCUUCCUCUCCCGCUCUGAAGAGCUCAGAGUGCUUAAAGGCAUCAGGAGUCAGAAACUCCCUUUGAAUGAGGGAACACGGUCUGUCGGGAAUGUUGCCAUAAAUAUCCAUUGUAUAUAACAUCUUGUUGUCAAGUUGACUUUCAUAAAUAGAAACAAAUGAUCUUUUUAGUGUAAUGUCAGUGUGAGCAAUGACCACACAACACCUGAUCAUUAUGACCACUUAACAUGUAUAUUAUAUUAUAUUAUAUUAUAUUAUAUUAUAUUAUAUUAUAUUAUAUUAUAUAUUAUAUUAUAUUAUAUUUUUGCAGUGCUAGAAUAGUGAUGCCGUUGAAAAAAGGUGAAGAGACUGAGGAAACUGUUUGAGGUUUUUAAAAUGAGUGAAAACUUUUGCUGUGGGAAAUGCGUUGCGCAGUAAAUAGAGUUGCGGUGUAGCCGAUAAUAAUGUGUGCAUCUGAAAAUCGGUUGUUAAAAUUCUCAUUCUGUACGAUUAAAACAUACUUUUUAUAUGUAGUUAAUUCACGUUCUGAUCUUGUACAUUACUGUAGCGCAAUAUUAUCGUUUACCGCAAUAACUUCUGGAACAAUUUAUCGUCCAUCAAAAUGUGUUAUCGUGACCGGCCUACACACAUAUGACAUACAGAGUAGUUAAUGUAUUACCAGGGAUGUCAUAGUUACUCUGAAAAAGUAACUUGAUUACACAUCCUAAUCAAGUUAAUUUUUCCUAGCUGAUAGAAAAAUUCAUCCAUCAGCUAGGAAAUGUGCAUCUCUCUUAUCCCUCCAUCGUUUACGUUUGUGUCGCCGGACAAACGCAUGAAACGUAACUCCCCAAGGAAAAAGAAGAAAGCAACAAUAUGUGUUCACUACAAACAGUAACUUGGAUGGUAACUUUAAUCUGCUUAUUGGAUUGGUAAUGCGUUAGAUUACGCACUACAAGAGGUCAGAUUAGAGUGACGUGUUGAUGACGUUGUUUCCUCAAGUUGUUUUCUGAUCUGUCAGGUUUCCGAUAUGUGUCCCUGAUAUGUGUCCCCCCCCCAUGAUGAUUUGGUGCGAGUUGCUUUGACUUGGUUUGUCGCACAGGAAGUUGUGCAGCAGGUAACAGUCACAGCAUCUUCACUUAAACUCUCCCAGGCGACCUGCUGCAGUUAAAGCUGCUCGUUCCCAAGCAGAAAAAAAAAAAAAAUCCACGGUUUGUUGCCGUGACCUCUGGUCUGAGUCGUGCCGCACGUUGUCUGCUGUCCUCGAUUAUGACGUUUUGUUUUUUUUUCUUCUUUGUGUCUCCAAACAAAUUAAAUACCUGUUUGUGACAACGGUGUUAUAUAAAGAAUGUGUGACACUCAUUUCCAUUGUGAUUCACCUCGCAUUUAUUCUGAUGUCUCUCCCUGCAUGCAGUCAGAGAGGUGUGCACUCAGACGAAGGAGCUCUCUUCAUUUGUCACCUUUUCUGCCCUUCUGCGGCGCCGCUGGCCUCUGGCCUCACCCACACGCUGUUUUCUGUUGUUUUUCAUAUGCAAAGUGCUAAUUAGGCGCUUGUACAAUGAUGGGAUUAUGUGCAGGAUUUCCUACACGUGUUCAUGCUUGUACUUGCACGCGUUUGUACAUUUCUCUCUCGUGUUUCAGGAUUAAGCUACAACGGUGCUGUAGAGAUUUAUAUUAAUGCUUUUUGUUGAAUGUUCUGACUGGAAGCAGAAAUUAAAUGAGCAGGAGGAAAAAACCUUUAUA